AACUGGGUGCGGAGCCAGUGACUGGUACAGCACUCCCCAAGUCAACUUCUGCCAGAACCACGACAGAUGGAAGCUGUCAGCCGGCUACUCCCCACCAAUCACUCCGUCCGUCCUCCUGAAGCCCCGCCCCCGGAGCAAUGGCCGGCUUCGCGCUGUGGAAGGAGCGGCGGCUGCGGCCCGGCGCUGACACCAGCAGGAAGGGCCGAGUGGACGCGCCCAUCGCCGAGCUGCUGGAACUGCUGAACGGCUCGGAGCGGUACUGCAGCACCAGCUCCUGCUCGGGCCGCCUGCUGCUGCUGGGGGGCUCUGACCAGACUGAAGGACAGAAACAGAACUGCCCCUGGCUGUUUGUGACCCAUCAGAAGUGUCGGACAGAAGAUGUGGUCGCAGGGCUACAGAAAGCUCAAGACAAUGCAGUGUUUAAGUUUGAACCAUUUGUUCUUCACGUCCAGUGCAGGGAGGUGCAGGAUGCACAGCUCCUGCAUUCUGUCGCCAUAAACUCGGGCUUCAGGAACUCCGGCAUCACAAUCGGCAAGAAGGGGAAAAUAAUGAUGGCUGUUCGCAGCACCCAUUGCCUGGAGGUUCCUUUGUGCCACCAAGGAUCUGUGUUGGUGAGUGAAGAGUACAUCGAUUACCUCGUACAAGUGGCCAAUCGAAAAAUGGAGGAAAACCAGAGGAGGAUAGAAAGGUUUCAUGCCAGCCUUCGAUCCCUCAUCGACUCCACCGCUCCUAUCGAGGAGCCUGGCGGGGAGACCGUCAAAGCCGCUGUUGUCUACACCCGCCGGAGGCGACGGGGCGCCGCAGAGAGGCAGCAGAGGCACCGAGAGCCAACGGCUCCAAGUGAUGGUGAAGGUGACCUUGGGUUUCUGAUGGGCCCCACAUGAUCCCGGCUUGUACCUAAAGAAAGCACAGCCCUUGUCUGCAGUCAGAAUCCCUGCAGGGUGUCAACCGAUAGCUUCAGAUAUAAUCUUCCUUUGACAGCUGGAUAAUUUAAUCACCGCUUCACAACUGCUGGAGCGCUGGUUUGUUUUGGACCACUUUUGUAAAGUGAAUUUUAUCUCUGCUGCUGCUAAAUGGGCAGCAUAUUUUGGAUAAUGUGAGCUGGGUUAUAUCCAACAUAUUUAUUACAGAAAUUGUCUGAAAACAUUGUGGUAAAGGAAACAUAAGAUGUGAAGUUCAAACGCCGUGUGUUAUUCUUUAUCCUGUUUCUGAGCAUGAGUAUUAAGUAUCUGA